UUUACAGACAGCAUCUCCCAUCCAUGGGCAUUUGAGAAGAACUUAACUUGCUGUCGGAUGUCACACACCAACAAUCUGAUGUAGACAGAAAGCUAUAAAAGUGCGGACACAUGUUCGCGCUCAGACCACGAAGGCGUGCGCUCCAUCGAGGACCAUGAUCUGAUAACAGACCUUCAUUUUACGCACGUUUACGCAAACGCAAUAACAGCCACAUGGUUUUCCCAUUGGAAUCAGAUCGUAUGAUUUAUGGCGAGGAUUACUGAAGUGAAGAUAAAAUGAAAAUAAAUGGCAGUCGCUUGAUGAACAGUUCUUCACUGAGCCCUCACGAGAUCACUCUGAAUCGCCCACCCUGGGUCGCCACAACUUUGGGCAGCUUUCUGAUCUUCACUAUCGUGGUUGAUGUAUUGGGGAACCUCUUGGUGAUCUUCUCUGUAUACAGAAACAAGAAACUUCGAAACGCAGGGAACUUAUUUGUGGUGAGCCUGGCAGUAGCUGACCUGGUGGUAGCGGUCUAUCCUUAUCCUCUCGUGCUGGUCUCCAUUGUCCAUAAUGGAUGGAAUUUGGGAUUUGUCCACUGCCAGAUCAGUGGAUUCCUGAUGGGACUAAGCGUGAUUGGAUCUAUAUUUAACAUCACUGGCAUUGCCAUCAAUCGCUACUGCUAUAUCUGUCACAGCCUCAAGUAUGACAAGCUAUACAGUGACAAGAACUCGCUUUGCUACAUCCUUCUCAUCUGGAUACUGACAGUGGUCGCUAUAGUGCCAAACUUUUAUGUCGGCUCCCUGCAGUACGACCCCAGGGUCUACUCGUGUACGUUUGUGCAGUCGGCUAGCUCAGCGUACACCAUCGCCGUAGUGUUCUUCCAUUUCAUUCUUCCAAUCAUGAUUGUGACAUACUGCUACCUGCGGAUCUGGAUUUUGGUGAUCCAGGUGCGGAGACGCGUCAAACCCGAGUUCCGGCCCAAACUCACGCCACACGACAUAAGGAACUUCGUUACCAUGUUUGUGGUGUUCGUUCUUUUUGCCGUCUGCUGGGCCCCUCUCAAUUUCAUCGGCUUGGCGGUCGCUAUAAACCCUGAGCGGGUUGCGCCUCUCAUUCCAGAGUGGUUUUUUGUAUUCAGUUAUUUCAUGGCCUAUUUCAACAGCUGCCUUAAUGCUAUAGUCUAUGGACUGCUGAACCAGAACUUCAGACGAGAGUACAAAAAAAUUAUUAUCUCACUCUGUACUGCAAAGAUGUUCUUUCCAGAGAGUUCAAACGAUGCUGCGGAUCGGAUGAAAAGCAAGCCAUCUCCUUUAAUGACAAACAACAACCAAGUCAAAGUAGAUUCGGUAUGAAAACACCUAAAAGGACACUGUGAACAAAAACCUAAUAAGCAGUUCAGCUGCUUUCAAAAGCAAUAUUUAUAACCUACAUACACAUGUAUGUAUUUUUUGUACCUUUUGCUUUUACAAGAAGGUGCAUUGCAAAUAUCUUGCUUUGUCUCAGUGUUUACAAGUUCAUAAUUUUAGGCAUUUUUUUUAUUAUUAUUACUUUAUAUACAGUAGAUACAUUCAUUUUUUGUUCAUGACAUCAAAAAAUUAAUGCUACAAAUCAGUGCACAGACUGUCAUACAGUACAUGAAAAACAAUGUGCCAACUGAGCAGAUCAGUAGCCCUUAAUCCUGGUAAGUGCUCAAAAAGUUAUGAUCAUUAUCAUAUUGUUUUUAUUUUUAAUUUUUUUUUAAGUUUGGUUAUUUUCUGAUGUUGUUAAGAAGCUGUCUGCAGCGCAUGCCAAAUAAUGCAUUGGCAAAAUAAUAAUUUGUUUAUUGUACUCAAGUAUGUUUUUUCUAGGUAACCUGGUUUUAAUUGGAAAGACAAAUAAUGAAAACAACAGUAUUUGUCCCAUAUUUGAAAGCAAAUGUCUUUAGGUUCCUGUGACAGAUUUAAAACUGGGUUCAUGUAAAUGUAGGGAAGCUCUUAAAAGAAUAGUUACCCAAAGAUGAUCAUGUAUACACCCUUAUGUCGUUCUGUAUGAUUUUCUGCAGAACACAACAGAAGAAAUUUUGAAGAUUGUUUCUGUCCAUACAUUGAAUGUCAAUGGUGUCCGAUUCUCGCAUAGUCAGACUGAAGGUCUGGAAUCCAUGGCAGCUUUCUU